AGAAAUUACUUUCAAGAGUUUCACCAGAAAUUCUGAUUCGUUAGUUACUUCGUUCGAAAAAAAUUCUAUUGUCUUGAUGGUUGGCCAUUAUGUGUGUGAAGAUAAUUCUGUUUCCACAUUUUAUUCUGAUGAUGAAUAUACUCUUACCCAAGAAAACCUCCCAAAUUUAUCUCCCUUAUUACUUUACUCAGCUCCUGUAGUACCAAAUUUAUAUAUUCCUGACAAUAAUGGAGAAGUCAUCUCCCGAAUUCAAAAAAAAGCUUCUUCUGCUAGACCUUCUCAUACAGAGUCUACCCAACAAGUUAUCAACGAACCUAACUUGCAAAAUACGAAUGAAACUCUCACUCCUAUUGCAUCUUUUGCAAAUAAAACAAACACUUCUAUUAACAAUAAUAUACCCAUUGAACCUACCCACUCUGAUACUCCUAUUCUUCAAGGCGAAAAAUCUGAUACUAAUAAAAAGC